GAGCAAACAGACAAACAAAACGCUCAUGUGCGUGACUGGACCUGAGUUAUUGGGAAGCGAGAUGGCAGCAGCAAAAUUUACUAAAGGGAGAUGCCAGUAAUUGAUGAAAAUGACGAGAGGAUAUGUUUCUUUAUUUGUUUGUUAAGAUUUAGUAUUAGAACUGCAAGUGCAAGUAAGUUCUAAUAAUACUAAUAACAAGAGGAAUAUAGAUAAAUCAGAGGAUCGCGCUAUUCUAUUCAGUGUUCACCACCCAUCGUCAUGUAUAGAUUGGUGGGUUGCAGAGGAUUGAGAACCCAGAAGGGUAUAAGUUGGCUCAGUUCAUUCAAUCUUUCAAGCAGAACUGUUCAUUCUUUGCCUUUUGCAACAGUAGAGGUUGAAGAGAUAUCAGGUUCUCAGCCCGCGGAAGUACACAACUUGGUGCAGGGAAAAUGGAUAGGAUCUUCAAGAUGGAACACGAUUGUGGAUCCUUUAAAUGGAGAGCCAUUCAUUAAGGUUGCUGAUGUAGAUGAAACAGAAAUAAAGCCAUUUGUGGAAAGCUUGUCCAAGUGCCCCAAGCAUGGGCUGCAUAAUCCUUUUAAAUCACCAGAGAGGUAUCUUUUAUAUGGAGACAUUUCCGCGAAGGCAGGCCAUAUGCUUUCCCUGCCAAAGGUUUCCAAUUUCUUCACUAGGCUAAUACAAAGGGUUGCUCCAAAAAGUUAUCAGCAAGCUCUUGGUGAAGUUCAAGUUACUCAAAAAUUUUUGCAGAAUUUUUCUGGUGAUCAGGUUCGUUUCUUGGCAAGAUCUUUUGCAAUUCCUGGAAAUCAUCUUGGACAGCAAAGUCAUGGUUUCCGAUGGCCUUAUGGUCCUGUUGCUAUUAUUACUCCCUUCAAUUUCCCAUUAGAGAUUCCAGUACUUCAGUUGAUGGGUGCACUAUACAUGGGCAACAAACCCGUUCUUAAAGUUGAUGACAAGGUGUGCAUUGUUAUGGAGCAAAUGAUGCGACUUCUUCACUAUUGUGGGUUACCAGAGGAAGAUGUGGACUUCAUAAAUUCUGAUGGGAAAACAAUGAACAAGCUAUUGGUGGAGGCAAAUCCCCGUAUGACCCUUUUUACUGGCAGCUCAAGAGUUGCAGAUAAAUUGGCUGUUGACUUGAAGGGUUGUAUUAAAUUGGAAGAUGCAGGGUUUGACUGGAAAAUUUUAGGGCCUGAUGUAAAUGAGGUUGAUUAUGUUGCUUGGGUUUGUGACCAGGAUGCCUAUGCAUGCAGUGGUCAGAAGUGUUCUGCACAGUCAAUUCUGUUCAUGCAUGAGAACUGGUCAGGUACUUCCCUUAUAUCUAAAAUGAAGGAUCUUGCAGAGAGAAGAAAAUUAGAAGAUCUAACUAUUGGCCCUGUUCUCACAUUUACAACUGAAGCAAUGGUAGAACACAUGCAUAAAUUACUUAAACUACCUGGUUCAAAACUACUAUUUGGUGGCAAACCUCUGGAGAAUCAUUCCAUUCCAUCCAUAUAUGGUGCUCUACAACCAACAGCUGUAUAUGUUCCCAUUGAAGAAAUUUUAAAAGAGACCAACUAUGAGCUUGUAACGCGGGAGAUAUUUGGACCAUUCCAGAUUGUUACUGAUUACAAAAAAGACCAACUCCCACUAGUUCUGGAAGCUCUGGAAAGGAUGCAUGCACAUUUAACAGCUGCAGUGGUUUCAAAUGAUCCUCUAUUUCUACAGGAAGUCAUUGGGAAAUCAGUGAAUGGGACUACAUAUGCCGGAUUAAGAGCAAGAACAACUGGUGCUCCUCAGAAUCAUUGGUUUGGACCAGCAGGAGACCCAAGAGGUGCAGGGAUUGGGACACCAGAAGCAAUAAAACUAGUCUGGUCUUGCCAUAGAGAAAUAAUAUAUGAUUUUGGUCCUCUGCCAAAGCAUUGGGAAAUUCCACCAUCUACAUGAGGAGCGAAGUUGACCGAAAAGAUACAGUUUCCUGCGCGUAUUCAGUGGAGGCUCUCUGUUUUGCAAGUGUUGAGGGAAUUUUGAAAAAAUAAAUAGAAAUAUAGUAUUGACCUCUUGAACAUGUUGCUACUGGCUUUAGUUCUGAAAUAAAAUGAAAAGAAAUGGUGUUAUAGACCCAGUUUUCACUUU